GGGUCUGUGAGCCUCGGGCAGCCGCGCCGGCAGGCAGGCAGGCAGGGAGGGCUCCGCUCCGCGCUAUCGCGUAGCAACGCUGCGCCGCAUCCCGCCCGCAUCCCGCCCGCAUCCCGCCCGCAUCCCGCCCGCAUCCCGCCCGCAUCCCGCCCGCAUCCCUCCCGCGUCCCGCGGCCAUGGCCGGGCGGCGCUGGGCCGGACGGUGCGCGGCCCUGGCCGUACUCCUGGCAGCCUGGUCCCUGCCCCGAGGAGGCAGCGCCGGAAGGCUCUUCCUCAACGAGUGGGCAGCGGAGAUCCCGGCCGGCCCCGAUGCUGCCAGAGCUAUUGCGGACGAGCUGGACUACGACCUGGUGGGGCAGAUUGGAUCCCUGAAAAACCACUACUUAUUCAGACAUAAGACUCACCCAAGACGGUCCCGAAGAAGUGCUAUUCAUAUCACUAAGAGACUUUCUGAUGAUGAGCGGGUGUCAUGGGCAGAGCAGCAGUAUGAAAAAAAACGAACCAAGCGUGCCUCAGUGAGAGACUCAGCAGAAAGUCUUUUCAACGACCCCAUGUGGAAUCAGCAGUGGUAUCUGCAAGAUACAAGAAUUACUCCUUCCCUGCCCAAACUGGAUCUCCAUGUUAUUCCUGUGUGGCAGAAAGGAUUUACAGGCAAGGGAGUUGUCAUCACAGUCCUAGAUGAUGGACUGGAGUGGAAUCACACUGACAUCUAUGCUAACUAUGACCCAAAGGCAAGUUAUGAUUUCAAUGACAAUGAUCAUGAUCCCUUUCCUAGAUAUGACCCAACAAAUGAAAACAAGCAUGGGACACGGUGUGCAGGAGAAAUUGCCAUGCAAGCCAACAACAGAAAAUGUGGAGUUGGAGUAGCCUACAACUCCAGGGUUGGAGGUAUACGAAUGCUGGACGGAAUAGUCACCGAUGCUAUUGAGGCCAGUUCAAUCGGUUUCAAUCCAGAACAUGUGGAUAUUUACAGUGCAAGCUGGGGCCCUAAUGAUGAUGGUAAAACUGUGGAGGGACCUGGGAGGUUGGCACAGAAGGCUUUCGAGUAUGGGAUAAACCAGGGCCGAAACGGAAAAGGCUCCAUUUUCGUGUGGGCUUCAGGGAACGGAGGUCGUCAGGGUGACAACUGUGACUGUGAUGGUUACACUGACAGCAUCUACACCAUCUCCAUUAGCAGUGCUUCUCAGCAAGGGCUUUCUCCCUGGUAUGCAGAGAAGUGCUCUUCAACUCUGGCCACAGCGUACAGCAGCGGGGAUUAUACUGACCAAAGAAUUACAAGUGUUGAUCUUCACAAUGAAUGUACAGAAACUCACACGGGGACCUCUGCAUCUGCACCCCUGGCAGCAGGAAUUUUUGCUCUGGCGCUGGAAGCCAACCCAGAUCUAACGUGGAGGGAUAUGCAGCACUUGGUAGUGUGGACCUCAGAAUAUGAUCCACUGGCUGGAAAUCCAGGAUGGAAAAAAAAUGGAGCAGGACUGAUGGUCAACAGUCGAUUUGGGUUUGGGCUACUCAACGCCAAUGCCUUGGUGGAUUUAGCUGAUCCCAAGAGAUGGAAAAGUGUACCAGAAAAGAGAGAGUGUAUUGUCAAAGACAAGAGCUUUGAGCCCAGAUUAUUAAGAGCAAAUGAAGAAGUCAUCAUUGAAAUUCCCACAAAAGCCUGCGAGGGUCAAGAGAACUCCAUUGCAUCUCUGGAGCACGUGCAGCUCGAGGCAACGAUUGAAUAUUCCCGUAGAGGUGAUCUUCAUGUCACUCUGGUUUCUCCAUCAGGGACCAGCACUGUCUUACUGGCUGAGAGAGAGAGAGACAAAUCUCCCAAUGGCUUCAAGAACUGGGACUUCAUGUCUGUCCACACUUGGGGGGAAAAUCCAGCAGGCACCUGGGUUUUAAGUAUUACUGAUAUGUCCAGACGAAUACAAAAUGAGGGAAGGAUUGUAAGCUGGAAAUUGAUUUUGCACGGCACCGCUACCCAGCCUGAACACAUGAAGCAGCCACGUGUGUAUACAUCCUACAAUGCUGUGCAGAACGACAGAAGAGGAGUGGAGAAGAUGACGGAUCUUGUAGAGGACCAUACCACACUGGAGAGCCUGAGUGAAAAACCCAAAGCCACAGAAGACACCAGCAGCAGCAGUAACAAAGCAGAAGAUAAAAUCCCAUCAGAGGCCAUGCUGCAUUUACUGCAAAGUGCUUUUAGCAGACAGAUGGAUCAGAAGCAACUGCCAAGGAAGACUGCAAGCGAGAAGUCAAACAUUCCAUUCGAACACUUCUAUCAAGCCCUCAAAAAAUUGAACAAGCCCUCCCAGUUGAGAGGCUCAGAAGAAAGUCUGUACAGUGACUACGUUGAUCUUUUUUACAAUGCCAAACCUUACAAGCAUAGAGAUGAUAGACUGCUGCAAGCAUUGGUUGAUAUCAUAAAUGAAGGAAAUUAACAGUAGGGUAUGGCACUGAGUUGGAAAUAUUCGUUCUCCCCACCUGUAGUUUUUUUUCCAAAGUCUGUGUAUGCUCUAGUUGUGUGAUUGCUGCUUUGAUUGCUUCAUAUUUAAUACAAAUAUCAAGGAAGAGAAAAAAACGGGUGUGAGGGGAUAAGGCAGGAAAAUUACACUUUUUAGUAUUAUCUUUUUUCAAAACCUUUCUGCAGUAUAGAUUUGCCCCCUCAGGCAUGAAAUGCAAUAGGACUCCCCUGAAAACCCUAAUACUCUAUUUUAAACAAUUUUCACAUUACUUAUUCUUCCACCCUCUUCACUUAAGCAUGCAGUAGGAUUCAAAACCUGAAUUACCAAGCAGUUUUGAACCAAACUGCCAAAGCUAUGGGGAUAUAUUCUCAUCCAUGGAUUUGUCAUGAAUAUUGCAGUCUUUGUUAUAUUUGUCAUUUAUUCUGAUUUAAUACUUGCAGCCAGUAUUGCCUCUGUCAUAGGUGUUUUGUUCCUUCUCCAAACAAUGCUCCCUUGCCCUUCUGUUCUCCUGUAAAGGAACAUCUGGGAGGCUGGGUUUGGACUGGGGCAUCAGUGAACACUGAUGAAGUUAUUCACAAUUUAGACUACAGACAGAAACACACCCUGAUAAAAAAGAGCCCCCAGUGAGGCAUCCCAGACCAUGGGAUGGCAUUCUCUCCAGCUGCCUGGAACUUACCCAGCUGAAGUGCCUGAAUUAUGAGCCUGGUCUUUCUAGGCUGUAUGUGUUUAAUGAGGACAGAGUCUCACUUCAGAGCACUUGGCUUUCUUUUUAAUUGGUUAUGAAUCACCUGAUGGAGUACUAAAUCUAUUUGUGUCAAUUAUAUGAGCUUUGAGCUCCAACCUCCUACCUGUGGAGCCUGAGUUAGGUCCUCAAAGUAGUGAUCUGCCUUUCUGAGAUUCUCAGAUUCCUGAGAUCUGCAAGUAGUCAGGCUGAGUGGGAUAGAAGGGGUAGCUGCUGCAGAAAAGUCCAUCCACAGACUGUAAAAUUCCCAAAACAUCUAGGAAGAUAAGGCAAAAUUAUCUGAUAUUAAAAAAACAAAAAACAAAAUACCUUGAGAAGGGUGAGCAUGGGUUGAGGCAGAGGUGGCUGUCAGAAAGCAACUAGGGUGAGCAGCUCCCUAACAUUAGCAGUUUUAUGCACAUACCUCUUUAAAGAGAGUAAAACUUAUGUAUUAUUUUGCUUUGACUAAUUUAAAAAAAAAAAAAAAGCCAUGUUGGAUGCUCAGAAAAGGUAGGGGAUCUAGAACAAGGAAAUGAAGAUUCCCAGGGGAUAGUUAUGUCAUUGAAAUGCUAAAGAAAACCCAAAAAAGUUCUGACUGCUUUUUACUUCCUCUUGUCUACUAUUGAAAUGUGUUUUGCAGACUCUCUAGAAAUAUUUGAUUGGAUUCUUCUUCACUGUCUAUUCCUUAAAAUUAUGCAAGUAUCUCUAAGACAGGAAUUUUACAUUUUGCUCAUAAUCCAUCAGUUCAAAUAAAAGUUUCAAACUUAACACUAAAUUCUGUAAUUCAAAGGUAAACCUAUUUACUGCAACUUAUUAAGUCUUCUGUGGAAAAAAAGGACUAAAGACAACCUUGAAUAUUAUCUUACCAAAUGUAAGACUCAGAAAAACAUUCUUUGUGGUGGCUUUAUGCCUAUCCUGGGCUUAGUCUGCCUUUUUGACAGUUUUAAGGAUUCUUUAAUAUUCUUCUAGUCAACAGUUGAAGGCUAUUCCACUAUUGAAUGUCUCCUGUAUUGAAUUGCUCCCUCUCUACUAAUAAAAUUGCUUAGGAAGAGAAGUCAUUAAAAAAAAAAUAUCCCUGCAAGUGGUCCAUAUCAGAAAGCUUUCCCCUUGCUGUCCUUUUCAAGCAAAAGCUUUCUGGCAAUGCAUAACUAAUGAACAAGCAAACCAUGAAAAUUUCUAAUUGCUGCUAUUACAGAAUGAGAGCACUUAUUUUCACUAAUGUUUAAUUUUCAGAAUAGACUCAUCUGGUGAGGUAAGGGCCACUUUUAGUCCUGUGCAACGAAGCUUAGAGGCUGGUUCCCUCAGAUAACAACAAAUUCAGCCAGUCCUCAUUCAGGUAUAUUACAGUGAGGAAAGUACUAACAACACUCCAUUAGGCCUUGAAAGAAAUUUCCAGGUUAAAAGGGUGGGAAACAAAAGACCCUCCUUUGUUUUAAGAUCAGUUCCUAUGCUGUAGCCAAAGUUUCAACAGAGGAAAAGUUUAAAAUCUCUGUUUUGAAUGUUUCCAACCCAGAUCAGCUUGUACAGGAGUAAAUUAUUUUUAUUGUUAGUCUUUCCUUGGUGCCUGUGUGGAUUUUGUGAAAAAUGUAAAAGUAAAAAAAAAAAAGUUUUCUCUCAGAAUUUCAAAUUAUAUUUUCGUUACAGGUAUUUAUAAUAUAGCAAAGAUUUUAUUGAACAGACAGAAUUUUAAAAGGCAUAAUAAAUUAUAUUGAAGAACCAGAUUUUUUCUUGAGAAAGAGACAAUUUCAUCCAAUAAACGUAUUUUUUAAAAGGCAUGUUACAACAGCAACUGCAACAUGUAUGUGAUGUGAUGUUAAAAUUUGUCUACUAGUAGCAUAAUACAAUGUGUUAGCAGAGCUCAGUGUGUGGUCUUAACAUUUGUAAAGAAAACAGAAAGAAAAAGUCAAGGUAUUGACUCAAAAGGAACAGGAAAUUGAGUUUAAAAUGAAAAA